CAGCCUUAGCGCCGGCACCCCGGCCCGGCUGAGGCUCCUUGGGGGUCACACCAGCCACCGGCUCCGCGCGGGCCGAAAGGUGUGGGCGGGGCCGUGCCGAGCCGGGCACCUCCCCCCUGCGGGGCCAUGUUCACCAGCGCCGGCUGCAGCGGCCUGUAUAAAGCACCUCUGUCAAAGAGUCUCUUAUUAGUUCCAAGUGGCCUGUCGAUUCUGUUGACUCUGCUCUUCCAACAUUAUCAGAAGUUCUUUGUGUAUAAUCUACAAGCUGUAAAAGAGGAUUUUCAGAUUUGGAGACUUGUAUGUGGAAGAACAGUAUGUCUUGAUCUAAAAGACACAUUCUGCAGCAGCUUGCUCAUUUACAACUUUAGAAUAUUUGAAAGAAGAUAUGGCAGCAGAAAAUUUUCAUCCUUUUUACUGGGCUCCUGGAUGCUUUCAGCUUUGUUUGAUCUUCUUCUUGUAGAAGUGGUGCAGUAUGUCUUUGGCAUCACUAUCAGCAGCUUGCCCUCUGGAUUUUUGGGUCCUCUGUUUGCUCUGUUUGUGCCAUUUUAUUGCUCCAUUCCAAGAGUGCAAGUGACACAAAUAUUAGGUCACUUAUCCAUCACAAACAAAACUUUGGUCUAUAUACUGGGUUUACAGCUCUUAACCUCUGGUUCCUACAUCUGGAUUGUAGCCUUAAGUGGACUGAUUUCUGGAAUCUGCUACAACAGUAGUGUGUUAAAAGUUCAUCAAGUAAUUUGUAUACCCAGUUGGGUAGCAAAGAUAUUUUCUUGGACUCUUGAACCAAUUUUCUCAACUGCGGAACCAUCCAGUGAGAUUCGAGUAGGAAUGGGAGCAACAGUAGACAUCCAGAGACAGCAGAGAAUGGAAUUACUGGAUCGUCAGAUAAUGCUGUCUCAGUUUGCGCAGAUGAGACGGCAAAGACAACAGCAGGGUGGGAUGAUUAACUGGAAUAGACUCUUUCGUCCCCUACGUCAUAGACGUAAUGCAAAUUAUCAAGAUAUUCUCCAGUCUGAGCAAGAUGCACCUCCACCUACUGAGGUUUCUGAGGAACAGGUAGCACGACUUAUGGAAAUGGGAUUUUCCAGGGGAGAUGCUUUAGAAGCUCUGAGGGCUUCAAAUAAUGACCUUAACGUAGCUACUAACUUUCUACUGCAGCACUGAUGAAGAAUUUCUUAAAUUGAUGCAUUUACCAUUUGAAGGAGGACUGAAGCCACCUGCUGGAUAGACUCAGAAAGUUCAUUCCUGAAAAGGGGGGAAAGUCAAGAGAGAGAAACUACGUCUCCAUAAAUGAUGCCUCAAAGUAACAUUAACAAAUGACAUUGACUGUUCCCAAACCGUUAAAUAAAGUAAUAGUUCCCAUUUUGUGUUUAUCCUUUUAAACAUUAUUUUGAUCUCCACUUAUUACCAGAUAUCUUCAAAAUUUGCUUAAAAAUGGUCUUUCUCUUGUAACUCAAAUAUGUUAUCUUUCCUAUUUGCAAGGAAAUACAAAAGCAACUAAUGAGACUACAACUGCUGCAUACAGAUAGAUUUGCCUUUCAAGAAAAAAAUUACAGUUCUACUCUUUUACUGAUUUCUCAUCUCUGAUAUUUAAUAUUAUUUUGGUUUUUUGGUCAGUAAUGAGAAAAUCUUCCAAGGUGGUGAUAUGAUUUCAGUAGAGGGUUAUGAGAUUAUCACAUCAUUCUUCAUAAAAUGUAUUAAUGCUUGUAAUAUUUUAUUCCUUUUUAAAUAAAAGUUGUUAUUCACUAUGCAAUCCAUGGAAGAUACCAGAAAUUUUAUGUGGAUCUUGUACAGUAGGUGAUCAGCAUAAAUUUAAGCAAAUAUAAAUUUAGCAGAUGACUAGUCAGGUCAGAAGGCACAAAAAUAUUUUAAUGGAGUAAUAAAAGGGAAAUAAGUGAUAAAAAGGAUAUAAAGCUGAUGGCAUUCACCUGGUUUGAACAGAUUUGCAUUGUAACAGCUGGAUGCAAUUAGUCUGGUAUGUGCAACUUCAAUUUUUGAGUAGGGUAUAUACAUCUCUUUAGAAGAAAAAUAGUUUUAAAAAACCAAAGACAUUUUUCUGCUUUCUAUGUAGUCUUAGUUUUCAGCUGUCGCAGACCUGAACUACCCUGGCUGUGCUCAUUUGGCUGAAAGCAACACGGGCUGAAAACUUAACCUCUGGAAGCAUCAGCUGAACUUGGCACAGGAGCCAACAGGAUACUAAUGUCAGGAUAUCCGGGAUCUGCUUUUAGAGUUUAAAAUAAUAAAGACCCCAUAUUUGAUCCAAUUUUCAAAGGUAUGGAAGUUUCACAGCGUGGGAAUAUCUGUUUGCUCAACACCUGUGAAAUCAAGCCAAUUAUUGCAAGAUACCAUGCACUUCCAUGGGUGAGCUGAAUUUUAUACUUAAAGAAUAAUAUAUACAUAUAUUACAUGUAUUUUACAUGUAUGUAUGUCAAAUGUAACAUACAUAUAUAAUACACAAAAUUAAGGACAUAAGAGGUGGCAUCAGCGGAAAAAUGAAGUAGGAAGGGGCAAAACAGAAGGAUAAAAGAAUAUGUUGGGAACCAAAUGGGAAAAACAGUGGAUAGUUCAAAUUUGUAUAAAAAACCCAGCAAUCUGACUGUGUCUGCAAAAUGACCAGAGGAAAGACAACAGGUUUGUUUAUAUUUGAACCUAUUAUAAUAGCAACUAUUAUAUUUUCUCUUUGUAAUUUCCAUUGCUUAGAAUGUGGAGAGGAAAACAUUUCUUGAGGCUGUGAACAUGCUGGCACAAGGUAUUUAAAGGCAGCUACAGUCUAUGCCAAUGAUUCUCAAAUUUUUAUACUCAAGGCACCCCAUGUUAGACUCGAGGCACCCUUUGCAAAAUGCCAGCUCUUAGUUUUCCCUCAUUUUUUUACUACAGAAAAAUAAUAGAGCAAUUUUUCAGUUGCUAAGAAUUAAAAAAGACCACAAUGGGUUGGAAUGCUUGUAACACUAUGGUUCCUAUUCAAAUCUCUGGGUUUAUAUUGUGAAUCAUAUUUGCACAGCUAACAGUACUAUCAUUGUGUGGCAUCUGCUGGCACCCUUAAAAGAUUCUCAAGGCUUCCCAGAGUGCAGCAGUAGCCCUGGUUGGGAAUCACUGGUCUGUGCAAACAACAGCUGUUUUUCAGCGCAAGAUUUGUUUGAUGUGUCAAUGACUGGCACUUCUUCCAUAUAUGCUAAGGAGAUUUCUGACUCUGACAGUAACAGGAAGAAUUUAGAAAGUACGACCAAAAUAAAAUGCAUUACUAUCUACAACUUGUACAAUACUUAAUAUUUUUUUAAAAUUAAGCUGCAUGCCCCAAAUUAUUGCAUCAUUUAAAAACAGGUAUUCUUAAAGCUUGGGCCUCUCUUUGUGAGCCAGUCACUUCUCCAGGUUAACAAAGUUACUUCAUAAUAGGUUGCUAUAAAAGAUAAUAAAUAAUUCUGGGUGAGUAAAAUUCUGUCUAUAGGAAAGGGAUGUAUUUACCUCUUGCCCAGUGUAUGUUACACAGUUAAAUAUGAGAGAUACCCUUUGAAGUACUGUCCUGCUUACACUGGAGCUGCAUGGAGACCCAAGUAGCUUUUACACUAAGAAUUUGAAAACCUGUAAUGAGAGUUUAGUUCAAGACAUUAUAGAGUAUUUAUAGAUUAAUGUUCUAUGAUCAAAAUCAUUCCUGUUUUAUAAGUCAGUAAUAUCUAGAAGUCACCAUCCCAUUGUAUUAAGCUUUCUGCAAAACAUAUUUAAUCUCCAGGUGUGAAAUCCUGGCACCUUAGUGAAGCCAAUGUCAAAACUCCCUUUGGACCCUAACGGGGCCAGAAGUUCACCCAACUUCCCUGUCUCAAAAUACUUUGUCUGCCAUAAAAAAAAAAUUUUAAACUUUCCAUAACAAAGCUUUUUGGGUCUUAGAUGCUGCUAAGGAAAGUUCCAGUCUGACACAUGUAGCAAAGGAAGACUUGUAGAAAACAGAUCUUAAAAAAUGUCUUUUGUGAGUCAUCUGUGAUAGACCAACUGGCUGUACAUGCAGGGUAAUUCCUUAUAGUAUAUCUAAGCAUUUUGUCCAGUGUAAUUUGAAAUGUCUCAAAUAAUGUAGUUUCUAUAUUAACUGCACUAUACAAAUGUAUUUCAGGAAGCAAGGGAAAGUCUCUGUCCUUUCCCCAAACAAGAUGCAACAUAAUUUUCUAUGAGGAAGACCUUAAAGGGUGAAUUCCUUACUAAUGGAGUCAGUGGGAAAAUUCUCAUUGGCUCUGGUAAGGCCAGGAUUUCACCUUUGAGAAUUUAAAGUCAUUACCCCUCUGGCAAAUUCCACUAGUACCUUAAGAACAUUUACUUACAAUAUAGAAUGAAAUCAGAAUGAUUUACCAGGGUACUUUUUCGAAAUAGUGUAUUUGGGGAAUGGACAGGGCUUUUACAUAGGACUGUUACACAGCUCUGCAUUGUGAAAUACUAGUUUCCCAGGUAUUUAAAUAUCUGCUAAACUGCAGUAGGAUGAGGCUUCAUACAGGAGUUCAUGUACUUGUCAAAACGUCUUCCUCUCACACAAUAGGAGAUGGAGAUUACUACCUCUCAGACGAUUAAAUUCACAGUCAAAUUUAGCUUCUUGUGUACAUAUUUGUGGUAUCUAGUGCCUGUUUAUAAUAUGCCCUAAGGAGAUUAUUAUUUACUGGAAAAAUAUGUGCAGAUAUAUUUUAAAAGAAAAUCACAAAAAAUAUGUUUUGGGAGUGCUGAGAUAUUUAGUCAUCUUGUAUGUGUGAUUAUGAUGUUAUAUAUCACUUAGGAGAGCCUGAUUGUGGCUAUAAUGUGUGUGUUGGAAGGAAAUUAAAAAUAUAUAUUCCC